AUGUGCUUUUUGGACGCUUCGAUUAGCAGAGUCAGAUCCUGUAUCCGGAGAGAGAGAGAGCAGAGUGGUGGUGUCAGCUUCCCAAAUUCUGCAAGGUCCGAUACUGCAGCUCUAUCAGAUAUCACCGCAUCCCAAUCCGCCAACCUACAAGAGUGUGGCAGCAACCAUAUUUCGGACAUGGCAUGUAUCGCAUAUUUGUCUCAACGGCUCUGCGGGGUAGAAAGCUGGCCACCAAGGUCUUGUCGUACCACCAUCUCCAGACCGUCCAUCGUCGUCUACCUAUCAAGAGCACAUUCUGCCAGCCCCCUUUGUCCCUCUUGGGAUAGGUAUGGCUCGCUGGAUGGAGACUCUCAUCCAGCAAACAAGGCCAAGAGUUCCCAUUCCACGGCAUCAAGCUAUGGAAGCUAG